AAGGGAGGAAAUGAUAUAUUUACAUUGAUCUGACAAAUUUCCUUCACUGAUUUAACAAACAUUUUGUUUGUUUUUUAAUUUACAAUCAAUAAUCGAUUAAACCAUUUGUUUUGUCUUUUAAAUAAUAAAUACUAAAGCAAAUAGUGAUAUCACAAAUAAAUAAAAAAAAACAGAUAACUUAUUGUUUAUUACAGGAUCUGGAUAACUCUAAAAAAUCUAUUCUUGUUCAAAUGAUGAAUUCUACAAGAUUAAAAAAUGAUAUGAAAAAUGGUGAAUUAAUAAUAACGAAUUUAAUUAAUUUCGAUGUAAAAAAUAAAAGUUGCCCUCUUAAACAAAAUGUACCAGUUAAAAGGAUUGGUGGUCUUUUCCUAUCAGAUCACGGUGUUAAAGUUGAAAUUCCACCAUAUGCAUCUAAUGGACGUCGUGAACGAGUUCUUUGUGCAACAUUUCCAAGCACAGCCAGAGGAGUUAUAGGACCUUGGUUAGGUUCAGAUAUGCGAAUAGCAAGUGAAGUACAUAUGUUAUAUUCGCCUGUCAGAUUCAAAAUGCCAGUUGCUGUAUUUAUCCCUUUCUCUUUUGCUGCUACUCGUGAAAUGUAUCAUCCAUCCGGACCCAUUAAUAUACCAUUUGAAAGCGUAAAAAGACCUGAUUCUAAAAGUUUAUUGCAUAAUGGUAUUCAAUCUAAUAAAACUUCAGCUAGACUAAGAGGAAAACCACCAUACUCAAUGUAUUUUGGGGAUCAUCUUUCAACAGCACCCAGUUUAAUUAAUGCUAAAAGUGUUUCACUACUACAAUGCCGUCUUGGAGAUGAUUGCUGGCAUGUAGUGAAAGAAUUUACGAUUGUUCAACCAACAAUUCCUUAUGUCGACUGGCCAUUAGAAGCUUAUGAAUUAACAUUACAAACAAGUCGAUGGUCAGUAAACAAUACUGCUUCAGAGAAUUUAUCUUCACUUUCAAUAAAACUGGGACAAUUAUUAUUAAAGAAAAGUAAUUUGGACAAUAUUAGAGUUAAACAAAAUUAUAAUAGAUCAGAAGAUAUAAACUUACCGUAUGAUUUUGCGAAUAAAAUCGAAUAUUAUUGUGGUGGUGUUUUCAUUCACACAGAAGAAUUAAAUCAUUGUUACAUGCUGGUGAACUCAACCAAAGCAGAACAAUUUUAUAUCAAUCCUAAUGGUGGAUUAUUUUUAUCUCCAUUACUUGAUCCGUUCUUAUCUGUACGUAUACCAAAACGCGUCUGUCCUACUUUUGAACAAACUAUUUUCAAAAAAAUAGAAAUAAGAAAUACUUGGUUGAAUUCAGCAUGUCAAUUUGAUUCUCAACUCAAUGAAAUUGAAGGUUGUUCUGACAUUUUUGAAUUUCAGUUACAAGAUACAGUGUUAAAAAGACCUGCAACAAUACACUUACCGUUACCUCAGUGGUACAUUGAUAAAUUUAACAAAUCAUUAAAUUCUUUGGCACAAACUAAUAUAAUUGUAAAUGGAAUUGAAAUGGAUAGUUUACCAGAAGUACCUGUUUAUCAUGUAAAAAAUACAAAUGUAACAUUAUCUACUGAUGAUAGGAGAUUAGUUAUUCUGUUUCAACCAUCUGGAUAUAUAAAACAAAUUGUAUGGCAAAGUGCUAAAGUUAAUGAGAUAAACGAAAGAGAAAUAUUUAAGAUGAAAUCAUUUGAAAAUAUUGAUUGUAUCGAGUCUAAGAAUUAUUCAAAAUGUAAAAUAGAUAAUAUUUUUAUGCAAUUAGGAUGGUCAUAUUUGUUAGUUGGUAUAAGAGGUGGAUUGUGGCAAACAAUGAAACAAUCAGUUUAUUAUACUAAAAGAACUAUUUCAUUUGAUACAACAGUUUUAGGAAGAUUUGUAAUGAUCGGAGCACGAAAUUCAGAUCGCAAAACAAAUGAUAAAUUAGAGCAUUUAAUGACACAAAUUGAAUCAUUAGCAUAUGCUCCACCCGGUGCAAUACUGAUUUGCUUACAUGUAACGGCAAAUAAUUGGCAAAUUAUGGCUAACAUUUAUCCUGAAGAAAGAUUAAAUGAAGUUAUUGAAAAACUAAUACCAACUGGUUUUAUUCCACUUGUUCAAAAAGUAAAUAAAAUACAAUAUUAUCGUGUAACUGGAUAUGAUAUUAAUCAUAUAUUAAUGUUGAAUGGUUUAUGUUUAGAAUUACGUUUUAAUGGUGAUAUACAAAUAAAACCAACUAGUCAAUUUGAUCCAUAUACAAAAUGUAUUCGUAGUAAAGAAAAAGAACUAUUGAUCAAUAAUUUCACAUCAUCUGAAAUGAUUACAUUAGAAGAAAAUGAAACAUUUAAAUUAUCAGAUAUUAAUUUUGACCUUGAUAUUAGGUUGAAUAAACAAACUGAUCAAUUGAAAAAUGAAAUAAAACUGGAAAAAUUGUCACAUACAGAAUUAUUAAGUAGACAUGCAAGAAUACAGUUACAUGAAUUACUGUCAGAUACAUCAUGUAUUGUUGAAAUUGAACCAAUGGAAUCCUUGGAAGAAAAAUAUUCUGAACGCAAUUCUAUAAAAUUACAGUACCUAUCGGAAUUGUUAAAUAAACCUACUCCUCAGGAUCCAGCUUACCAGAAUGAAGAUGAACUCAAUGACAACAUUGAUGAAUUUAUGGAAGAUUCUAUCUCAGGAAAUGAAGAGACAAUGAAAACACCCGAAAAUAGUAAAAGGUUGGAUGUUAUAACUACAGAAAAUAAAUCAGUAAAAAACCAGCCAUCUUCACCAACAAUCAUUAAUGAAGAUUUAUUUAAUCGUUUCGAAACUAUGAUAGAAAAUAGUGAAAUAAGUAGGUCUAGUGAGUUUAUAAUGAAAAUAUAUGAAUUAUAUCAUGUUGGAACUGUUGAAGUUUGGCUAGUCCCACCAUAUGAUAUGCCACAACUUGAAGUUAAAGGAGACAACGAGCCACACGAGAAGCGACCAGAAACGCAAAAUCAUAGUGGUGUAUCUGCUUACAAACCGGACUUAAGAAGUGUUAGCAAUUAUGAAAACGUUAGACCGCAUACAAAUAAGGGAUUCAGACCACCUACAUCACCGAUAGCUCGACCCAAAUCUUCAUUUCCUCAAAUACGACAACACAAAGCUUUUCCAGAUGACACUGUUUGGUCAUAUCAGAAUCAAAAGUUGCAUAAUGUAUUUCGUUUAAAUACUGUUUGUGGUAUAGAAAUAGCUAAAGAAAAAUCUCCAUCUGGUGUGAUAAUGGAAGAUUUCCCCUCAGAUUUAAAAUCACCUUUGGCUACCUAUGAUAUUAUGAUUGAUCCUGAUAUCGUUUCUAAUUAUUUAAAGGUAAUGUCAUUCAAAUCAAAAAGACUAAAUAAUACUGAAAUGACAAAUGAUUAUUUAGAAAAAUCUGCAAGAAUUAAUUCUAUUAUAAUGCCAAAAGAAAUCAACAGAAGUCAACGUGGUCUAAAUUCAAGUGUUGAAAGAAAAUUAUUGAAUUCACCAUCUAAAAAUCGUGGUAUUAUUAGUGCCAGGUCUUUAAAUACAAGUGCUUUAAGUAA